AGCAUUUCUCGCCACCUCUCUCUCUCUCUCUCUCUCUGCCGGAAAUCUGACAGCCUCCGCUGCCUGCACCCGAUCUUCAAGCCGGAGAUCUGACCCGCACCAUCACCGUCAACCGCGACGGAUGGAGGGCUUCUGGUGCAGGCUAAGGUCGCUGCUGACUCAGAGCCGUUCGGUCUCAUCAUCUGUCCUGGCGGUUCUUCUCAUCUACUCCUUCUCAUCUCAAUUUCUCCCGAUCGAGCCUUAUCUCGUCCCUUACCUGACUUCCGUCAAGCACUUCACCAAUUUCCAGGUCACAGUUGAUAUAUAUCCUUGCAGCAUCUAUGCUCAACUUAUAUUUACAUUGGUCAUGGCACCGGCUUGCUUUUAUCUCUCAUACAAGCUGGUCAUUGUUCUAGGGGCUUUUGCGUUGCUUAUUACUUACUUGAUCAUCUGGGGAGGGCAGUCUCUUCUGUCAAUGCAAAUUAUGCAGAUAACAUAUGGAUUUGGCAUGGCUGCACGCUUGGUCUUCUCCUCAUAUAUUUUUCUUCUUGUACCGGAAGAGGAAUACCAAAUCAUGACUAGUUUAACCACGACGACUUCACUCCUGUCCUUUAUGUUGGCUUCUGAACUGAGUCAGCUUCUAGCUAUUGAGAAGGCUUCUUAUGCUACAUUUUUCAUUUUGAGUCUAAUUUCGUUGGGAAUAUGUUGUGCAGUGACGAUUUUGUUGCCCAAAGACUGUUCUUCGAGUCCCUUGUACCCUUCACUAACAGCUUUUUGGAGCCAGGAUGAGGGCUGGCUUAGGAUUUUGAAGGAAACAUGGGAUGGAAAGAAUAUACAGAUUCUCUCUCUUUGGUGGGCAUUGGCAUAUGCCGGCUUUUCCUUAGUACAAAACUAUGGGACAAGUCUCUUUGAUGCCAUUGACUCGAAAUCGAAUCUCAAUGGGCAUAUUUUAGCGGUGUCUCAGGCAGCUGGAAGCCUUGGGUCAUUAGGUGCUGUCUAUCUUGAGCUCUUUGCCAUUAAAUCUGGCAUGUUCAUCUAUGUGCUUGGGUCAGCACUCAUGGCCAUUGUGUGUGCAUGCAUGGGAUUCUCUAUGAAGAUUUGGGUUGCGUACCUAAUGUAUGUGAUGAUCUCCGGCAUCUACCAGACUCUGGCCUGCCUUGUGAGUGUGAGGUGCAGCCGGCUGCUGUCCAACAGACAGUUUAUCCUCCUCUUCUCUGUCAACAAUUUUGCAGGACUUCUCGUUGAAACAUUACUUCAGGCUGCCCUUGAAAUUCUGGGGCUAUCUGUUUCUGCACAAUUCAUCUCCUUUGCUGGUUUUUUCUUCUUAACAACAGCGAUUUUCGCUGUAUGCUGCUUUAUUGGCAACGGCGAUGGCGAUGGAGGAAGCAAAAUAGUCUCAUUGGCAUCAGAAGGUGAAACUGAACCAUUGAUCUCUGAGAGCUUGUAAAGGUAGUGUAAGAAGAGGAAGUAUUAAGGUACUGAGCCUCCGGGAAUGUACCGUGUUUUAUUUUAUUUUUUUAUUUUUAUCAUUGGGUCCAUUUUAUAUGGUUUUAGCAAAAGAAAACCUUUUAAGGUUAACACAAAAACAUUCUUUUGGAAAUAAAAGAGAUGAAUCUAUUGGAGGGGGAAAUGAGAGAUAUUUUGUUCCA